AUGGACACGGCCGAACAAAUACUGCCCGACAGAAUAAUCGACGAUUUACAAGAAGCCGACAAAAACAUCGUUAAGAUUACCGAAAUUGUACUAGUACUCCGAAGCACCAAACAAAAAUUGAAUUCAGUAAGUACUUAACUAUAAUUAAUUUUACUUAAGGAUAUUAAGUUAAUUAAUUUCUUUAAUUAUAGUCUGAGUUGAGUUAUCUUUAAAAAAAAAAAAAAAAAAAAAAAAAAAAAAAACACAAAUAAAAUUGAAUAACUAAAUUUAAGCCUAGCUUUUUUUGGGUUUUCGAGGAGGAAAUAGAAGUCUGUAGGAAUGUUCAAAGCUAACAAAAAACACUUCAUCUCUCCCGCAAAAUAUGCUCAAAUUCAUAUUGGAAUCCAUGCCGACCUUUACAACCUACUACAAAAUGCCUAUAAUAAAACCUCCGCGAUUUCAGAGUUUGGGCUUAUCUGGUCUAGAGGGUGUACAAAAGUAUUGGGAAAACAUAUAUAUAUUAUAUUAUAAUAUAGGUAUAACAGUGGCGCCAAAUUUAUAUAUUAGGUGUGGCGCCUGUCACACCUUAUUUAAUACCCCUCUAGAAUUGAUAGUUUAGCAUAAAACAUGAUACAUUUUACAAUUAAUAUAAGGAACAGUAGACAUAACAUUACGAAUAACGCGAACUAGUCUAUUCGGUCUUCCUAGACUGCCGUAGCGUGUUUAAAUUGCAUUAGUAAAAGCAGAUAACUAUUUAACUAUAUCUGUAACGGAACAAAAACUAUUAAUUAAGAUUAAUAGUUUUACGAAAAAUAACCUGCAAUAGUACCUAAUAAAUUUCUAAAUCUGCAGCAGCGGCCAUAGCUAGUUCCCGGUGUUGUACACAGGCUAUACACAGUAUAAAAAAAUAUACACUAUAUUAUUGUUAUUAUUUAACUGGUUUCGGUUAUAUCCGAGAUUACACCUAAAUAUUUUUGUACUUAAUGAAGGAAUUAUAUAAUUUUGCAUAAAUUUAGAAUGUCUAAAAACAUUACGAUAAUCAAACAAAAAACAAUGAAAAUAUAUUUAUAUUUAAAAAGAUGAAUAUACUUCACAGUUCAUACAAUGGUUGGGCCACUGUUGUAGGUGAGAAGUUUGGAGAGUAAGUAAAUAGGAGAUUUUAUUGUAAAUCUGUACCGAACGAUUAAUCAUUGAACAAAAAACGAUUCUAGUAAACUCAACUUUUUCUUGUUUUCCAUUAACUACAGUAUAUAAUGAAUUUCCUGUUAAAUUGUCAAGCAAUUUUGUUUGAUCUAACAAUUUAUCAAAAGAGUAGGGGCUAUAAUAUACUGCAAUAUAUAAUAAUAGUCUUUAUUUUAAGGAAACAGAUUUUUACAAAAAAAAAAAAAAAAAUGUUUCCGUUGAUAUUAACUAAUCGUGUAUAAGUAUCCAGUAAUUUCACUAUUCGAUUUAGAUAGAAACUAGAACUCCCGAAGAGGAAAUACGUUUGGCGCACGUGAAUGAAGAACUCGAUCGGAGACUGAAAGAAUUGGACGAACAAUUCGAAUUAGUCAAUCAGGCGCUUACGAAAAUGCAGGAACAUACGCAAACGAUGAUCUGUAAUCAAAAUGCCAAUACUACAUGUGACAACGGCACAUCGAAUGUGGGUACCUGUAUUAUUAUAUACAUUUUGGCGGAUUCACUUUUCACGGAUUACGAUAGUUAAAAUAACUAUUAUUUUUAUAGGCGAUCUGCUGCGGUUCGACGGAAGAUUUAAAAAAAGUCGUUAUACUCAACUGGGACAAGAAGAAAGAAAAACCUCCUCAAAUUAUGGUUCUGAAAUCCACGGUUGGUUUUCAUAGAUUAAUUUAAUUUUUUUAUCGUAUUUGUCUCCCAUUAGCUGCGGAACAUUCAUUUCUAUAUACGGUUAUAGGAUAACUGUGCGGAUGCAGUGUGCGGUAAUGACCGGAGUAAUUGUUCUUUAUUUUCCGUAUGUGAAACGGAUAACGAUGUGAAGAGUUGCUGUUGUCAGUCGUCUUCCGAUAUAUGCGAAAAGUAUUAUUAUUGUACUAUUUAUUUUGUAUUAUAUGAAUUUUUAUUUCAUCACUAGAUCACCUGCAGAUUUUCAAGAGUCUCAGCUUUCAAUGCAACCUCCUCCAAUCUGCCUGAAAUUAUUCCCAAAUAUUUUCCAAUUUCUCUAGAUCUCUCAAUUCCAUUUAACAUACGCUUUUAUUUUGCCUGUUGGUUUCCAUUUUGUAGCUGCUUUGAUUCCGUUCACUUUUUCCUUGUGCAUCGCUAUAAGUAUACAUUUUAUGUGAAUUAGAUUUCUGAUUUUUUUUUUCAUCAUUAUGGAAUCGUUUGAUUUAUUUUAACAAUAUAUUCAAUGAGAAGAUUAAAAUAACAAUAUUUUCACUCAUUUUAAUCUUCUCCUUAUGUCUGAAAUGAGUAUUCACUUUGAAUUUUGAUAGCGACGCCCCUUCAAUCACAGAUUCAAAUAGAGAAUAAUUUAUUCUUUUAUUCUAUUAUAUAAUAUUAGAGAAGGGUAAUACAUUUCAUAUAUUAAAUAAUAAUUGAUAAAUUUUCCUUAUUCCUUUGGUAUAAGCCUUUAACUAUUCUAACUCAAUAAUCUGAUGAAGGCAUACAUAUUAGUAUAAAUUUCAUAUAUUUCUUGAAAGCUAUUCUCUAUUUCACAAUGAUAAAAAAAAAAUUUGCUAGAUCACCUAAUUUAACCUCCGAGAAUAUAUUGCUUGUUCGUGAUAAAAUAUUUACCAUUUAUUGUCUUAAAUGUUUUUAUUUACAAUUAUUUGACAAUAUUUGUUUGUGUUUGCUAUGAUAUUUGAAAACUAUAGACCGAGGCUUAUGAUUUUGUAUUAUAUUAUUUUGAUAGAAGUGAUGAAUCAGUACAAGAAGACGAAUCGAUGAACGCGCAAAUGAAAAGCAAAAUUUGUAUUCUCAACGAACAGUUGGAAAAUAUCUUGAACAAAAAUCAAAAUGUUCGACUCAAACUGAAAAAUGCGGUUCGUUAUGGAUUUUUUUGAAAUUCGGAAUGUUUAAACCUAUUGUAGAUCCUAUUAAAAUAUUUUUUUAUAGAUCCAACAAAACGAUUUAAUGGAAGAAGCUCUAAAGCGUCCCGUAAGUGAAACUAUACAGGGUGAUUUUUUUUAUCAUGAACCAGCAAUUUUCUCGGAGUUUUUUACGUUAAUUUGAUGUUUGUUUUUUCUAAUCAUUAUGAAAUCGUGUAAGCUUUAUUUUAAAACCAUCUAUUUUAAACUUUUACCCCUACUCCAUGUACCUUAAUUAAGUACAUACUUUUGAUUUUCAAAUAAGAACCUCUCCUUUUGAAUACAGAAUAUAAAAUAUUUGUCUAAACAUUUUGAUAUGCAUUACACUAAUAUCAAAUCUACCGUUUAUAAAUUACAACCAUAAACCUAUAACCAUAUGGAUAGCGCCUUUCUCGCCGCCUUACCACUACAGCUCCGGGACCGUAUAUAGUGAUAGAGAAAGAACAUAACAAAAGAAAUUAUGGAAGAAUAACUAAACUUUUUCCAUAGAUCUGAUAACAUAUUUAUAGGUUUAUACUUUUUUCCAUUUGCAUUAUGAACACUAUUUGCAAUACUUAAUACUAAUUAUUAUCAAUGUUUUUUAAAUUAAAAAAAAGUCUUAACAAGAAAAUAAAUUGCAAAAUAAAAAUAAAAUUACAAAAUUAUUAUCAGGUCUAUAGUAACAAAAUAAAAAGAACAAUAACCUCAAAAAUAAUGAUUGGUCCAAUUUUAUUGUAAUAUAAUUUCGUAUUUGGCCGUAGAAACAAUUUAUUUUCCUCACCAGUCUCUUUUCUCUUUCUAACAAUCUCGUACCCAUGUCUCUCUCUAAGCGCAAUCCAUAUAUUAUCAGGUCUAUGGUUAUAACAGUUUUAAGUUUUGACCGGAGGAGAAAGGAAGUGUUAUUCAUAGGCAAUUUUCCGAAAUAAUCACUGAUUCAUGAUAAAAAAAAUCGCCCUGUAUACAAUAUACAUGAAACAAUUAUAAAUAGUUGCUUGUUUUGUUUUAUUUGAGGCUCCGUUCAAGUACUCAGCAACGGAAGGAGUAAGAUUUCCCGGGAAAAAAGAAAUGGUAAGUAAAACUUAUUUGUAAAACAUGAAUUAUUUAUAAAAUCGCUAAUAAAAAAUGAUACUAUAGAAAUAUAGACUGUAGAAAACGGUUACAGUUAAAAAAAAAAUAUAUUGAGUGCAGUGAUCUGGUGUUAAAUUAUAAAUUCCGGAUUUGAAUGCAAUUGAAGGUCUCAAAAUAACAUGCAUUUACGCAUCAAAAAACAAUAAAAUAUGCACCAAUUCUUAAAAUUUAGAGUUGUAUUUUUUUUUUGAAAUAGGUAUUGAAAACAUCAUAAGUUGUUUAUCAAAAUUUUUAAAAAAAUAAUAGCAAUAUAGAGCCAGUAUAAAAAAACAAUUUAAAUAAAUUAAAAUAUAUUUUGAACAUUGAGAAAAAAAAAUUUAAAUAUGAUUGAUAUAAUAUAAAACUUAAAAGUAAAUCUUAACAAUUUUAAAUAUAUUUGUAUGUAUUUUUUUUAUAAGCGCUACAGUUCGUAAUGACCCUUGGCUUUCAAAACAGUUCUUCUCCACUGAUUCCGUUCUUUCGCAGACUUGUUUAAGUUCUGUACAUCCAUCUGUAGUAGUUUGUUUUUCACUUCAUCUCUUAGUCUGAUCCUUGGACGUCCACGCCUUCUAGUUCCUUUUAUUAUUGUAAUCAUUACGUGAUUGAGUGUUCUUCCCUGAUUCAUUAUUUCCACAUGGCUGAACCAUCUCAAUGAGCAUAAUUUUAUGAGCAUGGACCCAAGAGUUUCUUAUAAUAUGAGUUGUAAAACCAAUAAUAAUAUAACUGACUUUGCUUGGAGUCUAAAACAAUUUGUAUAAUUUCAUUUUGGUUCGUUGUAUUUAUAGGAAGAAAAACUGUUUGCGUUAAAAUCCAUAAUAAUGAGCCUAAGUAACGAGUUCAGAAAAGUACAAAUAAAUCAAGCAAAAUUGAAAUUGGCCAGAGAAAUUAUUGAAAAAUACAAUGAAAAGCUUAUUAUUUGUGUGGUACUUUAAACAAUAAAUUGAUACAUAGGUGAUAUUCAACCUUUUAGAAUAUUUAGCACAAUAUUUUAUUCGUACAGUGCAACAAGACGCCGUAUAAUAUAAAUACUGAUACAUAUAUCAAAGUGAAAAAACAAGAAAUAAAACAGAUCGCGUUGCAAAACAAGUAAUAACUAAAAAUUAUUAUCUCACUAAAUUUAAUUAUCUCUUCUUUUUCUUCAUCUCUAGCUGAACAGCUUUUCAAGAGCCUUGUCACCAUCAAAACUUCCUCCCGCAUGUCUCUAUAAUUAAUACAUUCUUUAUAAUCAAUAUUUUUCAUUUUUUAUAGAGCUUCUUUAAUUCCGUCUUCAAUGCUUCUGUGAUGGCCAUUUCAAGGACAUUUAAUUCCGUCUUAAAAUCACGCUACGUAACAAAUUUUUGUUUAGCAGGGACAGCUCUGUGUUGUUAGUUUUAAUACAAGAGUGAAUUUACCAAUUAUCAAAUUUAAAGAUAAAUCUGUGUCAUUUUACCGUUUAUUUCGUAAUUUUAAUUUUAAAGCGAGUUAUUAGUGCGUGAAAUAUCACGAUUUAAAAAUGCUUUUAUCUAGGUUAAAAAUGCUAAUAACGAAAAACACAUGACUACGUGUUUUAUCUUAAUGUUUUAUUAUAUGUCAAUUCGCUUAAAUAUUAAAAUUAAUAGCACAGAGUUGUUCUUAUGAAACGAAAAUUCAAUAUUAUAAUCAGUAAAAUAUUCAAAGAUUUUUGUAAGAUAAAUGUUAAUAACAAAAACAUAAAUUUUUUUACGUUGUAUUAUAUAAAAAGAGCACAAUUUCUAAAAAUAAGAUUUUUCCAAAAUAAAACUUUGCGAAAGGAAAUGUUGUCUAGUAAGUGCAUAAGAAGAUCGGUUUUUGAUUUGCUUUGUGGUUUUUUUAAUAACUGAAAAAAUCAGAAAAAAACUUAUGCGCAAAAUUUAUGCGGAUAAAAUUUGUUUAGUUGAUCAGACACGUUCUUAAGUUGUUUUCGAAAACAAGUCGAUCAUAAUGUAGCAGUAUUUUAUACUCGUUCAUACAGAUAUAAAUUAAAUGAUUUUAUGUAACCUACCUUCCCAACUUCCCAUAUAUAACCGUUACACACACAUCAUCAAUGUAGUUUUUUUUUUUUUUUUUAUGUAGAGCAAUAAAUAAUGAAUUGAAUAAUAUUAUAUUCGAUCAAAAUUGUGCCAUUCAAAACAAUCUCAAGACCGUAUCUGAAAUUAAUAAAUUAGAAAAGGCCUUAAUGGAUAAAAAAAGAAAAAUCGAAGUGAGUAAUAAGGAAAUUAAAAUAAAAUAUGCGCUUUAAAAUUAAAAUAAAAAUAAAUACAGGAAUAUGAUGUUGAUAACAACGAAGAUGUAACGACCCAAUUGAAUAAAACGAACGAAGAAAUCGAAACGAUGGAAUUGCUAAUACAAGAACGUAAGCAACUUUUGUUCGAUUGCAACGAAAAGGUAAUAAGUUAUAAGCUGUAAUUUAAUACAUUUUAAUAUUUUCAUGUGAAAUAAUUGUUAUUCGAUUAUAAUGUAGUUUACCGAAGUAGAACUCGAGACCAAAGAAAUAACCUAUCAAACUCAAGAAUUAGAGGAUUUGGUGAAACAGCUAUCUAGCAAUUAUCACUAUAACUAUGAUAAUUUAAAAGUAAGCAUAAAUUAAACAAUAUUAUAAUCGUGAUCAAAUCGAAUUAUAUUUAUUAUCUAUUAAUUUAAUCUUCAAGAGAACGUGCUACUUUUUGCAUUCAAGUGAUAGCGCGUAAGUUGUUUUCUCAACACUUUUGGAAAAAUUAAAUUUUAUCAAUGUAAUAAUAUUUAAUUUAACUUUCAAAAACGUAUCACGUCAAUAAUUAUUGUGUAAUCGUCAAAUUAACAAAAACAUUAACGAAGAAACCGUUUAGUGCUAGUAUACUCAAUAUUUAGAAAACAAAUAUUCACCAUAAUAAAAAUGAGAAAUUGCAUUGUGCUUUGUUGAUGUCCGUCAGUGUUGAGCAUUAUCCAGAUAAAUUAUCUAAAUAAUUGAAUUAAUAAAUAAAUAUAUAUAUAACUAUCCGAGAAAUUAAAAAAAUUGAACUUGAUAAUUAAAACCCAUGUCUCAUUAGUAAAUUAACAUUGUACAAAUAGAGAAAAAAAUUAAAAACAUAAAGUAAUAGGUAAUAAUAUUAUCCAGGUCGAUUAUUUGUGUUAUUUCUAAAUUCUAACAGAAAUUGUGGAUUGUAGAAUCUAGUAUAAAUUGACAAAAAAUUUGUAGAUUAAUUAAUAAAAUUAAAAUAAUUUUCUCUUUUUUUUUUAUCCAGAUAACUAGUGUUUUAUCUUUUAUCUUUAUCUAGAUACAUUUUUGGUACAUCACUGGUGUUAGUUUUUUAAUAGUAUUACUAUGAAAUAAGUUAUUUAAGUUUGAAAAACAUAAAAUUAUCAGAAUUUUGAAUCAUAUAUAUGAUUAUAAAAUAGUUUUUUUUUAUUUUGUAAUAUUGUGGAAAAAUAAAAUCAACAUUAUGUAAGAGUAAGUUCUCAAUUUUUUACGAUGUAAAUUUAAUUUCAUAGUUUUAUUAGAUCUAUAGCCCGGAGUAGUUUUUGUAUGCGAAAAAUAGUUUAUACAUUCGAAUGACGGGUGGCAAUACGCCCUCUUAAGAAUUCGUGGUAUUUGAUUAUUGUAUUUUUUCAAAAAAUACCAAUUCUUUAGUUAUUAAUUUUCGAAUUUUUGUUAAUUCAUUAUAAUAAAUCAUAUUUACAGUCCUGUUACAAAGAACAGUUGGAAGAAAUGGUCGCACUGCCGAUCGUUUUGAAAGCGACGCACAUUAAAUUACAACAAGAAACCGAUUUGCGAGUGUUGGCGGAAGAAAAUAGAGACCAAUUAGAACGAGAAAUAAAACAGGUGGAUACGAUAAUGAGCAUCUAG